AUGACAAAGCUCUUGGACGACAUCGAGAGUGGGAAUCUGGAUUUGGAAGCACAACUGAAUCAAUGGGAACCAAAGACCCGGGAAGAAGCACAGCAGAAGUGGAAAGAGAUGCAAGACACACCGGACCACUUCACAUUAUUGCACACAUGGAAGCGAGCUGGCGUGGAGCCCAUCAAAGUCGCAAAGGAGCGAGGCAUAACCCUCCCCACCGACAAACCCCCCCUCGACCCCAAGACCCAAGAGGAGCUCGACGCCCUCCGAAAACCCCUCAACGUCCAAGCCGUAAACCUCCGCCCUCUCCGCCGCGCCGCCCCAUACGGCGUGCCCGUCUGCGACCUCCAACUGCGCACCUACUCGAUCCGCCAACUCGUCCUCUUUGCCGACUUCUGCGUGCGCGCCGCCUACUACAUGGGCCUGCCCGCACGCGGCCCCGUGCCCCUGCCCCGAAUAACCGAGCGCUGGACCGUCCCGCGCGCAAACUUCAUCUUCAAAAAGUCGCAGGAGAAUUUCGAGCGCAUCACCAUGCGCCGGCUCAUCCAGAUCCAGGACGGCGACCCGGAUGUGGUCAAGGCGUGGUUGGCGUUUGUCACGCGCUAUCAGGUACCGGGUGUCGGCAUGAAGGCGAACAUCUGGGAGUAUGAGAGCCUGGAGAGCGCCACCAGGGCUGGGUAUGAGUUGCCGCAAGGUGACUUCUCGAGGAGGAGGGAGGGGAGUGUCAUGCGCAAGGUGGAGGAGAUUUUGGGUUCUGAGGGGUUCAAGGAGAGUAUGCAGGGGCAUGAGAGUGGGGUUGAGAUGAGGCCGUGAGGGGGGUGGGUCGAUAGAUGGAGGGGGAUGUAUGCAUUGUUUGACUAGAUAGAGACGAGGACUAUGCAUUUGGUGGUUGUAUGAAUAUACUCGAUUUGAACUUCAAGAUCCGGGGAAAUGUACGAACACUGUCUGCAUAGCCAGGUUCUCAUUUACACCA